AUGUCCGAGAUUCAGAAAGAUCGGAAACAUCAGGAGUUGGAUGCAAACGCCAUACGAGAGAUCUCGUUACUGAAGGAGCUCCAGCACCCCAACAUUGUCAGGCUUUGUGAUGUCAUUCACACAGAACGAAAGCUGACGCUGGUGUUUGAGUAUUUAGACCAAGACCUCAAGAAGUUGCUGGACAUGUGCGACGGUGGUUUGGACCCUGCAACCACCAAGUCGUUUCUGUACCAGCUACUACGAGGUAUUGCGUAUUGCCACGCUCAUCGUGUGCUGCAUCGGGAUCUGAAGCCUCAGAAUCUCUUGAUCAAUAGGGAAGGCUCGCUGAAGCUUGCCGACUUCGGUCUAGCGCGCGCUUUCGGCAUCCCCGUUCGGAGCUACACCCACGAGGUUGUGACUUUGUGGUACCGGGCACCUGACGUGCUCAUGGGCUCGCGCAAGUAUUCGACACCCGUAGACAUUUGGUCCGUGGGCUGCAUCUUUGCAGAAAUGGUCAAUGGCCGCCCUCUGUUUCCCGGCGAUACGGAUGCGAACCAGCUCCAGAAGAUCUUCAAGAUCCUUGGCACGCCGUCAGAGUCUAUCUGGCCGACCAUCACUGAGCUUCCGGACUGGAAGCCUGACUUUCAGCAGUUCGAGCCCAUGGCUUGGAAGAGCAUUGCGCCGAAUCUGGACGCGGAGGGCACCGAUCUGAUGUCGAAAUUCCUUCAGUACUGGCCGGACAGAAGGAUAUCGGGCAAGGCGUCCAUGGAACAUGAGUACUUCAGGCCAGGCUCGUGUAUUGGCAUGCAGGUUUCAGCGUAUGCAGGGUUCGUAAGGUCGGGCCUUGCGAUGGUGUUGGUCACCUUGGCACGAAAUUCGGAAACACUGCAAGCAGCAAAGGAAUCGUCGGAGUAA